UUCAUCCUACAAUAUUUUUAAUGUUUUUUGUUAUUAUCGAUCAAUUAAAUAUUUAAAUCGACUCAUCGAUUAAAUUAUGACGAAUACAACAGGAUAUUGUUUAUUUAAUACCGGUUUGUUGAUUGUGUACAUUAUUUAUCUUCAAUCUGUUAUAGCCGAAAGUAAAAUAGAAAGUGCAAGUGAUUUGGACCGAGAAUUCGCAGAUAAACCAACGCGUUCUUUCCAUUGCUGUGCAAGACAUGAAAAAAAAGUUGACGUUGGUUACGGUGUAUCAGGUGAAGUAAUAUCUAUUGACUCAGGACAAUGUAGGAGAGUUUGUCCUCGUCAUGCUUCGGAUGACCCUGGGGAUGUUAGCAAACCGGCUGUACAGAGAUGUUCACCCCGUUCACAAUGUCAUGCAAGAUCUUCACGAAUGGAGAGGAUUUCAACACUUCAAGGGGUUAAAAUUGUUGAAGUCAUAGAUAGCUGUGACUGCUGGCAUGAAUCACGAUGCCGACGAAUAUCUUUUGAACAACUGGUACAUGCAGGGACACCUUAUCAAGUGGCUAUGGAUGUUGGCCUUUGUUUGGGAACGUGUUCAAAAGCAUUAGGUUGUCGGCCUCUCAAAAAUAGUACAAUAAGUAUAAAAGGACCAAAUGGGGAUGAAGUCUAUCAAGUGAUCAGUGAGUGUGGGUGUGCUAAUAAUUGCCAUCGAAUGGACCGGAUUGAAAGUGUUCUCGACUACAGUCAACUUGAAAUUAAACGAGGCUCCAAUACGAGUGAUGUUAAACCAAUCGUUAGGCAUAUAAAUGUAGGACACUGUGAUGGAUCAUGUCCAGGAAAUCGAACGGAAAAAACUUGUUUGUUACGAGAUAAAAAAAAUCCUACAAGAUGUUUAGCAGGUUUAUAUUCGAAACAAUAUAAAUGUACACCCGUACGAUUUAAAGUACACGAAUAUAGAACACGAAGAGGCUUAAAGAGAGAAAUUAUUGAGAUUACAUCUUGUGCUUGUGUAUGAGUAUAAAUCAUCUGUAUAAUAUGAUAUCUUUUUAAAAUAU